GGGAGGGGAGUGAGGGAGAGCUGAUUUGCAGCCUGGAUGCGCGCUGUGUUACGAGAGAGAGUGUGUGCGAAUGCACAGCAGUGAGGAUGGCUCCUCUCUCUCUAUCCCUAAGCUUAUAAGAGAGAGACGCUCGCACAGCCUUUUGACACAGCGACUGAAGGAGAGAAAGCGAGAAAUGCUGCUGGAUUAAAAGCCUGUUUCAUUUUUGUUUUUUACUUUUCUCUCACUCAAGUCGCUCUCCCUUCUCAUUCUGGUCUGUCUCUCUCUCUCUACAGCAUUUUUUUUUCUUUUUCUCUUGAAGUUGGAGAGGCAGGGAGGGGGGGGGUUUAAGGGGAGAAGGGGGGGGGAGGGGGGCGUGAGGCUCAUCCCCCCGGGCUGGCCUUUGACAGAGAGGGGCUGGGGCCGCAGGGGGCCCCGGGCGGCAAGACUCCGCGCUCGCAAUGACAGUGCCGCUGCUGAAGAUAGGGGCUGUGCUCAGUACCAUGGCCAUGGUGACUAACUGGAUGUCCCAGACCCUUCCGUCUCUCGUGGGACUCAACGGGACCACCAUAUCUCGAGGGGGGACAUCCGAAAAAAUCGUGAGUACCCUGUUCCCGAGCCCGGAGGAAGGCUGGCAGAUCUACAGCUCAGCCCAGGACCCCGAUGGGAAGUGCGUCUGCACAGUGGUGGCCCCCGCUCAGAGCAUGUGCACCAGGGACCCGCGCAGCAGGCAGCUCCGACAGCUCAUGGAGAAGGUACAGAACAUCUCGCAGUCCAUGGAGGUGCUGCAUCUCCGGACAGAGAGAGACCUGCAGUACAUCACUAAGACCGGGUCCCUCGUGAGCGAAGUGAACAGCAAGCUGAAAGUGGCCUCGGAGAGCACCAGGACCUUGGACCCCAAGAGCUUUCAGGAGCUGAAGGACAAGGUGAAUCAGCUGCUUCCCCUGCUGCCCGUCCUGGAGCAGUACAAGACUGAUGCGCGCAUGGUGGUGAAGUUAAAGGAGGAAGUACGCAACCUCUCCUUGGUGCUGCUGGCCAUUCAAGAGGAAAUGGGUGCCUACGACUACGAGGAGCUUCAACAGAGAGUGCUGCUGCUGGAGGCCAGACUACAUGCCUGCAUGCAGAAGCUGGGCUGCGGGAAGCUGACGGGAGUAAGCAAUCCGAUCACAAUCCGGGCCUCGGGGUCGAGGUUCGGCUCAUGGAUGACGGACACCAUGAUCCCCAGUUCGGACAAUCGGGUGUGGUCAAUGGACGGCUACUACAAGGGCCGCCGAGUGCUGGAGUACCGCACCCUCAACGACUUCAUGAAGGGCCAGAACUUCGUGCAGCACCUCCUGCCGCACCCCUGGGCCGGCACGGGGCACGUGGUCUACAAUGGCUCCCUCUACUACAACAAGUACCAGAGCAACAUCAUCAUCAAGUACCACUUCCGGUCGCGCAGUGUGCUGGUGCAGCGCAGCCUGAACGGCGCGGGCUACAACAACACCUUCCCCUACUCCUGGGGCGGCUCCUCCGACAUCGACCUCAUGGCGGACGAGAACGGGCUGUGGGCCGUCUACACCACCAUCCAGAACGCGGGCAACAUCGUGAUCAGCCGCCUGGAGCCGCAGAGCCUGGAGGUCCUGCAGACGUGGGACACCGGCUACCCCAAGCGCAGUGCGGGCGAGUCCUUCAUGAUCUGCGGCACCCUCUACGUGACCAACUCGCACCUUGCCGGCGCCAAGAUCUACUUUGCCUACUACACAAACUCCUCCAGUUACGAGUACACGGACAUCCCUUUCCACAAUCAGUACUCCCAUAUAUCCAUGUUGGACUACAACCCUCGUGAGAGGGUGCUAUAUACUUGGAACAAUGGACACCAAGUGCUGUACAACGUCACACUUUUCCACGUCAUAAAGACAUCAGGAGACGCGUAAAACACUGUAGGAGCCGCCCUCCGCACACACCGCCACACAGUGGGGGAAAGGGAAUCCUGAGACUUUUUUUACAUCUUAAUACAAAUCUUAAUAGAGUGCUAUUAUUUAUAGACAGCGGGGAAAAGGACAAAGGCAACGAAAAAUAAAAGUCCAGAAAUAAAGAGAUAAAGAAAUUAAUGACUUUUUUUUUCUUUUUGUGGUCCGUGCGCAUGGUUUCAUUUUUGUGACAAGAAAUAAACA